CGCGACGCCAGCCCGGCCACCACAAGCAUUCUUCUCUCCGUGUCGGCCCGCAGCACCGUCACCCACACCGCCAACAUGAGGAUCGCCGUCGUCGCCCUGUUGGCGCUCAUCGUCAUCUUCCAGAUCCUGGAGUUCACCUCGGCCUGCAAGUGCGGCUGCGGCUGCGGCUGCGGCGGUUGCGGCUGCGGCUGCGGUGGCUGCGGCUGCGGCUGCUGCGGCGGCUACGGCGGCUACGGCGGCUGGGGCUACGGUGGCAUCAACCACCACACCGUGAUCCACGACCGCGCCCCCGCCGUCCAGCAGAGCUGCGCCCCCUCCGUCGUCGGCAUCCCCGUGCUCGGCUCCCUGGGCACCAAGGGCUGCGGCUGCCGCGGACCCUGCUCCUGCUGGGACUAGACGGCCAUGACGGCGUGCUCGCGCGCCGCUGCUUCCCGCCGCCCUGCGCACCUCGCCCCUCCCGGAGGCCUCCGCGGAGACCCCCUCGGACGACGACUGAAGAGGCGCUCGCCAGACCGCCAGACUGACCGUCCCGGACCAAUCGACUCGUCGACUUGGCUUCACUUGGAAAAGCUCGCGCGGGGUGGUAGGAAUAAAACUGUGACCUGAUUCUCCCA